UAGAUUAUGAUUAUUUAUGUUCGACUCUUCUAUAUAAAGUGUCGAAAACAUUACACAAUCCUCGUAAAUCGUUCUUCAUCAUAGAGUUCUUACCCGCCAAGAAGAACUACUGUAUGUAAAUGCCAUGCAGUGAUAGUUUUCUCCUUUUUUUAAUAAAAGAAAUAACCAAAGUUUUGUUGAUUCCAUAUCCGGGAAAAUAAAAGUAAAUCAACGAUCAAAAUAUUCCAAAUCAAUCAUCCUUGUUCUCUUUCUUGAUUUAUAAUUCGAAGACGAAAAGGCAAAAGGAAACUAAAAGAAAGAAGAGUUCAGUUCCUGGUGAGUGCAGGAGAAUUGUACUUUCAGAAGAGGAAGAAAAGGGUUGGUUUGAACAAUGAAGGGAGCGACCCUCGUUGCUCUCGCCGCCACUAUCGGCAAUUUCUUGCAAGGAUGGGACAAUGCCACCAUUGCUGGAGCAAUGGUUUAUAUCAACAAAGAUAUGAAUCUAGCAACCUCUGUUCAAGGUCUUGUUGUAGCAAUGUCAUUGAUCGGUGCCACGGUCAUCACCACUUGCUCAGGACCCAUCUCUGAUUGGCUUGGGAGACGCCCCAUGCUGAUACUAGCAUCGGUCAUGUAUUUCCUCAGCGGUUUGAUAAUGCUUUGGUCUCCAAACGUCUAUGUCCUAUGCUUAGCUAGGCUUCUUGAUGGGUUUGGUGCCGGUCUCGCCGUUACCCUUGUCCCUGUUUACAUCUCUGAGACCGCUCCUCCAGAGAUCAGAGGACAGCUCAACACUCUUCCUCAGUUCCUUGGCUCUGGUGGAAUGUUUCUGUCUUACUGCAUGGUUUUCACUAUGUCCCUGAGCGAUGCUCCUAGCUGGAGAGCCAUGCUCGGUGUCCUCUCUAUCCCUUCUCUCGUGUAUUUGUUAUUCACGGUGUUUUAUUUGCCCGAGUCGCCUCGUUGGCUGGUUAGUAAAGGAAGGAUGGAUGAGGCUAAGAAGGUUCUUCAAAUGUUAUGUGGCAGAGAAGAUGUUACCGAUGAGAUGGCUUUGCUUGUUGAAGGAUUAGACAUUGGUGGAGAAAAGACAUUAGAGGAUCUCUUAGUAACGUUGGAGGAACAUGAAACACUUGAAACCGUUGAUGGGGACGGACAAAUGAGGCUUCUCGGAACACACGAGAACCAAUCUUACAUUGCUCGACCCGUCACUGACCAACAACAGAGUUCACUUGGGCUACGUUCUCGCCACGGAAGCUUAGCAAACCAAAGCGGGAUCCACAAAGACCCGAUCGUGGGUCUAUUCGACAGUCUACACGAGAAGAUGCCUGAAGCAGGUGGAAACACAAAGAGUGGAAUCUUCCCUAACUUCGGAAGCAUGUUCAGCACUAACGCCGACGUGCCCCACAUGAAACCAGCACACUGGGAGAAAGACGUUGAGAGCCAAUUCAACAAAGACCAUGACGACUACGCGACCGAUGACAAUGCACCUGAUGAUGACUCGGACAACGAUCUUCGCAGCCCAUUGAUGUCGCGUCAGGCCACAAGCACGGACAAGGACGUGAUCCCACAUCCUACAGGAGGAAGCACGCUGAGCAUGAGACGCCACAGCACGCUUAACGGUGAAAACAGCAUGGGGAUCGGUGGUGGUUGGCACAUGGGAUACAGAUACGACAACGGCGAGUACAAACGUUAUUACCUUAAAGAAGACGGUGCAGAGUCUCGCCGCGGCUCAAUCGUUUCUCUUCCUUGUGGUCACGAUGGAGGCAGCUACGUUCACGCUUCAGCCCUUGUGAGCAGAUCAGUUCUUGGUCCUAAGUCGGUCCAUGGAUCUGACGUGGCCCCUCCCACUGGACCGCUCUGGUCGGCUCUUCUUGAGCCUGGUGUUAAACGUGCGCUGGUUGUUGGUGUUGGGAUUCAGAUACUACAGCAGUUUUCAGGUAUCAAUGGAGUUCUUUACUACACUCCUCAGAUUCUUGAACGUGCUGGUGUAGACAUUCUUCUCUCAAGCUUCGGAUUAAGUUCAAUCUCUGCCUCGUUCCUCAUCAGCGGGUUAACAACUUUACUCAUGCUUCCAGCUAUUGUCGUUGCCAUGAGACUCAUGGAUGUCUCUGGAAGAAGGGCAUUGCUUCUCUGGACGAUCCCUGUCCUCAUCGUUUCACUUGUCGCCCUUUUCAUCAGCGAGCUUGUCCAGAUCAGCAAAGUUGUUAACGCAGCGCUCUCAACCGUUUGCGUUGUGCUAUACAUCUGCUUCUUCGUGAUGGGUUACGGUCCCAUUCCAAACAUCCUCUGUUCUGAAAUCUUCCCGACAAGAGUCCGUGGUCUCUGCAUAGCCAUUUGCGCUAUGGUGUUCUGGAUUUGUGACAUUAUAGUCACUUACUCGCUUCCUGUUCUUCUCAGCUCCAUUGGACUCGUUGGUGUCUUCAGCAUCUACGCUGCGGUUUGUGUGAUCUCGUGGGUCUUUGUUUACUUGAAGGUUCCGGAGACUAAAGGUAUGCCUUUGGAGGUUAUCACAGACUACUUUGCCUUUGGUGCUCAAGCUUCUGCUCCUUCUAAGGACGAUACAUGAUUUGUAACGUUUGAUUCUUCUUCAUUUGCUCUCUUUUCUUUUUGGUUUCUGAAAAACUUUCAUUUCUUUUUUGUCUCCUUUGUUUUGUAAUCAAUCUAAUAACUAAACUACUCAAUGUUGAAGAUUUGA